GAAAGAAGGAAGGAAGGAAGGAAGGAAGGAAAGAAAGAAAGAAAAAAAGGAAGGAAGAAGAAAAGAGACAGAUAGGAGGAUGUCUCUGACGUGUCGAGUACAGUACCUGAACGACGUUGAUCCGUUCGCUUAUGCGAGCUCCUAUCCGGAGCCACCGAGACCUCCCGUGCACACCUUCAGCGCGACCUUGCCGUUGAUCAACCAACUUGCCGCCGUUCAUCGACUUCUUCGAGCACCUCACAGGCUCGAUGAUACGGCUCUUCAACUUUACAAAGAUGGCGAUUACGGAGCUUAUUUGGAUCUCGAGGCUUCGAUCAGUGAACAACAGGAAGAAUUUGAAGGCUUUCAAACAAACCGGAAGAACUCAAUCGUUCUCAGAACUCAGCUCUCUGUGAGGGUUCACACCAUCAUAGAAAAAUUGCUGAACAGCGAGGGUCGCGAACUACGACGAGCUCUCUUUUCCCUCAAGCAAAUCUUUCAGGAGGACAAAGACCUGGUGCACGAGUUCGUGCAAAACGAUGGAUUGGCUUGCCUCAUCAAGGUCGGCAGCGAGGCCGAUCAGAAUUAUCAAAAUUAUAUACUACGAGCUCUUGGUCAGGUGAUGCUCUACGUGGAUGGCAUGAAUGGCGUAAUAGAACAUGGUCAGACGGUACAGUGGUUAUACACCCUUAUAGCCAGUCGCUUUCGGUUGGUCGUAAAGACGGCUUUGAAGUUGUUGCUGGUCUUCGUCGAAUACGUGGAAACGAACAGUUUGUUGCUUGUUCGUGCUGUACGUUCCGUAGACACGUCAAGAGGUAUGAUACCAUGGACGAACGUAAUGAAGCUUUUGAAGGAUUAUGAUGCCGCUGACACAGAACUUCUAAUAUACGCGACGACCUUGGUAAAUAAGUGUUUGAACGGUAUCCCCGAUCAAGAUACGUAUUACGACCAAGUAGACUGUCUCGAGGAGCAAGGAAUUGAGGGUAUUAUUCAAAGGUAUAUGUCAAAACAAGGAACAGAUCUCGAUCUUCUUAGACAGUUCCAAAUUUAUGAGGCUGUACUCCAUCAUGAAGAUGGUAACGACAGAGGAUCACCAAUUCGACAGCUCGAUGACAAUAUCAGGAAGACCCUACGCAACCGGAAGUCUCUUGUGGAUUCUCACGAGCGUCGAAAGUCCCGCAGGCACUCGACCGGCACGUCGCCGCUCUCGAUGUCCUUGAACGCUCGCUUAAGUCCACGCUCUAACCAUUCUUUGGGGCUUAGCUCCCUUAACAACACCUUGAAUUCAAAUCUGCCUGAUGACGAUGAUGAGUCGAGUAGCUCUCAAAGUUCUCAAGGACAUCUUGGCGAAGUUCAGCUUAAUGGCAGCUAUAAGGAGAAUAAAGUCGACGUUGGCGUGACACCAGCAUUGAGACGUAGAAGAGAACGAGCGGAGAGGCAAAGGAGUUUCAUCAGAGAGCAACAAGAGGCUACCGCGAAUAUGAGAGCAUCGGUCGGUCAUUCGGACGAUCAAGAAAGUUCUUUCUCGUCGAAUGGUUUACGAUACACCAAUGGCACGUCCUACGAAAGAAAAACGGACUCUCCGUCGAACAAACUCUCUCGGACGAAUAACAGGAAGGAUUUAACGCCGCUAAUGAACACCGUGAACAAGCUCGACUCCGAGGAGAAGAAGCCUUGGUACGGUAAGAGUCCCGAUGAGAGUGUCGAGUGCGACGAGGGUAAUCAUACCGAUGAUGACGAGAAUCGUCGAGUGGUUUUGCAACUGAAACGAGAAGGUACCGUGAAGGAUCUUACGCAGAAGUUAACGGCACAGAAUCUCAUACCAAGUAGUCCUGUUGAUGAAAAGGUAUCGAGGAUAGGAGAUAUGAGCGGUUUGAUUUCAAAGGCUAAAGAGGGCUUGGCUAAAUCAAAGUCCAAGGCCGACGUAUUAAAAUCACCAACAGGCGACAAUCUGCCAAAGGUACAGGAAGUAAAGAAGUCCGAGAAUGAGUUGCACUGGGAAGAGCUUGUUAAGAAAUUGAAGAGGCCCUUGGCUCUCUGUGACCUUGACUUUACGGAUUUGAAUUCGGACGAUGAGAUCGACGUUUUAGGACCGGUAAACGUGACGAAUGGCGUUCCACCUCCACCACCACCGAUGGUACCAGUUCCACCUCCUUCAAUAUUGCCUCCGAAUUCUGGUACCAAACCGCCACCUCCUUUACCUCAUCUUCCACCACCUCUUUUUUCACCUCUGAAUCUCAAGUCCACGAGAUCCCCGAUGAACAACGAUCCAGCUAACUCUUCUAGGAAUCCAUCCUUAACCUCUCCAGCUUCGACCUUGACUAUAAAAAAGAGCAAGAAGACUGUGAAGCUCUUCUGGAAAGAAGUCAGGGACGAUCCCAUCAUCCUUUCGAGAUUAGACAAGAACAAAAUGAUCUGGGACGAGCUCUCACCAGUACCCGUUGACACGCAGAAGCUCGAACAUCUAUUCGAGAGCAGAGCCAAGGAUCUUAUCACCAAGAAGCAGCAAGAAAUGAACAAGAAUAAAGAGAUCAUCGUACUCGACCACAAAAGAUCAAACGCGAUCAAUAUUGGCAUGACAAAAUUGCCACCACCAAGAUCGAUCAAAACGGCCAUCUUAAAGAUGGAUGCGACUAUUAUGAACAGAGAGGGUAUCGAGAAACUCUUGACGAUGCUACCAACGGAAGAAGAAAGAUCAAGGAUACAAGAGGCACAGGCUGCGAAUCCCGAUCUUCCUUUGGGAUCGGCAGAACAGUUCCUCCUCACUUUAGCAUCGAUAUCAGAAUUGCCAGCAAGAUUGAAGCUCUGGGCAUUUAAACUGGACUUUGAAAAUUCUGAGAAGGAAAUUGCAGACCCUUUGAUGGAUCUCAAGCAGGGAAUGGAGACGCUGCGAGUGAAUAAAACCUUUCGUGGGAUUCUAAGCACGCUCCUUUCGAUCGGGAUAUUUCUCAACGGAAACGAGGUGAAGGGCUUUCAGCUGGAAUACCUCGCCAAAGUACCUGAAGUAAAGGACACCGUUCACAAGCACUCGCUACUUCAUCACCUCUGCUAUAUGGUGAUGGAAAAGUUUCCGGAUUCCACAGACCUUUAUUCCGAGAUUGGAGCAGUGACACGUGCUUCAAAGAUCGACUUCGACGAAUUAGCUGCGAACAUUGGAAAACUCGAGAACGAGUGCAAGGCGUCGUGGGAUCAUUUAAAAUUAAUCGCCAAACACGAUGGUUCAACCAUGAUGAAGGUCAAGAUGUCUGACUUUCUGGCCGACUGUGCGGAAAGGAUAAUAGUCCUGGGUAUCGUUCACAGGCGUAUUAUAAAUCGAUUUCACAAGUUCAUACUCUGGCUUGGUAUACCGCUCCACAGAGUACAGGACACCAAACCGAACGAGUUUUGUAGGAUAGUAUCGGAGUUUGCUCUCGAAUAUAGAACAACGCGGGAAAGGGUGAUACAGCAGCUCGAGAAGAAAGCCAAUCAUCGAGAAAGAAAUAAGACAAGAGGAAAGAUGAUCACCGAGGUUGGUAAGUUUAGGACGAAAGAGGAUCGAGCAGACGCUGAACUGAGGCAACUCCUCGGAAGUGACAUUUCCGACGUCGAAAGUAUUCAUGGUACGCUACCCUGGCGAAGGCAGAGAAAGGACGGACGAACCACGCUGGGACCUUUGCUGAGAGAUGAAGGUACGAACGGUAAUCUCACCGACGGCGAUGACGAGCUUCUAGAAUCUCUCGUAAAAACUGCAACAAAGACGCCAGCUACGAGGACGACACCGAGGGAACGUAAAAGGACGAGGCACGCCGAUCGUAAGUCUUACGCACACGAAACGAGAUACCUUCUACAUCCGACGUUUUGCCAUAGAAGGAAGGAAGGAAGGAAGGAAGGAUGGAUGGUGGGAAGGAAGGAAUGAGGGAGGGAAAGAAAUAUACGAGAAUCUUCCUUUUGCUCGAUAAAAUAAAUAUUAACUAUGAAACUUCAUGGAAAAUACGAGCACGUCAGAAACGAUUUAAUUUAUCAGACGAUUAACUAGCAUGUUAGUUUCGAAGCUUCGUGGAAUGCCGAAAAUUGAAACGAAGCAUGGCCAUAAAGUUGUAUAAAAAUAAUGAAAUGAAAGUAAUGUUGUUUCAACGAUUUAACAAAUCUCUAUGUGUAUGUCUUUGUAUGUGUCUGUAUGUUUGUAUGUAUGUGAUUAGGAAAAAUAUUGGCACAAUCUGCUCUUUUUAAAAAGAAUUUUAUACGAAAAUAGAAAACGACAAUUGUAGGGAAAUAUUUAUUUUAAUAAUUCGUUAAGAUGGAAAGUAAUUUGUCAUUAAAAAUUGUCAACGAAAUCAUCAAAAAGAGUUAGAUUAUGACAAUACUUUAUCCACCUAAUAUAUUUCUGUAUGUAUAUGUAUAUAUAUAUAUAUAUGUAUAUUUAUGUAUAUAGCUACGUGCUAUUAAGUAUCUCGAAGGGAUUUCUUUUUCAGUGCGUAGAACGUUGAAGAACGGCCUCUCAGAAGAAGAAAAGAAACACAUCGCCGCUUAUAUCAAGGGCUAUUGACUGUGAUAAUAUCCACCCUUUCCCCCUACAACAACCCCUGGGAACUUUCUCAUUCGCUGUGAAGUCGGUAGCGAAGGGAACGAGGAUUGACCAUGCGUGGUCCAAGCAAACUAUUAUGUAAAUCGUCCUUCUUACGAAGAUUCUUAGGCGACAAAAAUGAAAAGGAACAACGGAUGACGACUGGAUGACACACGUAGAACGUGAAAAAUGAUUGAGGAGGACAUAUGAGAGAGAGAAAGAGGGAGGGAGAGAGAGAGAGGGAGAGAAAGAAAGAAACGAAGAAAGAACGAUUCCUUCCUACAAAACAGACUUUAAGAAACGAUGUCUGUAUAACAUACUUUUAUCAAAUCUCUUUAUCAGUUCGUAUAUCGAACGGUUUUUUAAAUUUCUUUUCUUUUUUCUUUUUUUUUUUUUUUUUCGUUACAGACUCUUUCUUUCUUUCUUUUUUUCUCGUUUUUUCUUUUCCAUUUUUUUCUUUUUUCAUCUUUUUUUCUUUUCCUCAUCUCGCAUGGUACGGUUAUUUCCUUUAUUUUAUUAGAUCGAAUAAACUUUUAAUAAAUAUUUUAAAACACGUAACCACUCCAUGCGAUCUCAUAUACAUGUACGUAUGUAGGUAAUACUAUCUAAAUACCUACAAUCUUCAAUGAGAAUUAUGAUUUAACGAAUGAAAAUAUUUUUAAUCUAUCCAAAUUAAAGAAACAAAAUUGUUUCUUUGACUAUUUUUGCAUAUACGAGAAAAAUUGGCUUGGGUAAAAGAAAGAUAGGGUGACGGAUAUAAACAAUAUUAAUUGAUACUUCUGCGAGUAAUAUUCUUUGAAUAUAUAAUAUUGUAUAUUCUGCCAUUGGUCAUAAUCGUAACAGGGUAAGUUGUUCGUGCCUGUGCUAGUUCAACGAAUUUUUCGAUUUUUUCUUGUCAGUGCUACGAUAUAAAUCGCUUAUACAUACGGUCGAUGGAUAAAUUUGAUGAAUAAGAAAGAAAAAUAUAUAAAAAGAUAAAAAAAAAAUAAAUAAAUAAAUAAAUGAAUAAACGAGAGGAGCGAUUCCGUGGCUCGUUUUGUGCCUAUUGAAAGAAAAAAAAAAAAAAAAAUAGGAAGAACCUCUUUUGAAAUCGAUACGUUUUCGAUAUGAAUUUUACAACGAAGAUUUGUAACGGUGUGAUUUAUCGGGUGAUAGAAAUAAUUUAAUUAAUUUAAUUGUUAUUACAUUAUCGUGUCGUAAGUACGUAUUAAUUACUGUAAUUCUCAACGUAAAUGAUUUUUGAAAUAAAAAUGAAAAAUGUUAAAUUCUUUACUUAUCGAUUUCCUAUCUUUUAAAUAUUUUUUAAAUAUUUUUUUUUCUUUUUUUUUUUUCAAACGUAUCAGGUAAAAGGAUAAGGUAAGUUAGCACGUUUAUUUUGCACAUUUUUUUAAAUUUUGAUAAAUUGCCAAGAAAAAAAAAGUGGAAGGAACUAACGAAAGAAGAUGAACAACCGUGUAUAACAAAUUGUGCUCAAAACACACGAUUUAUUAUUAACCUUCGUCCAGCUUUAACAACAUACAAUAUAAUGUAAUAAUAAAAACAUAUUCGUUAAAAUACAUUAAUAAUAGCGACGACGGGAAUUGGCUUUGCAACUUGACAGUGUCAGGUUCGAUUAUAUUUCACAUUAUCGAGAUAUUUUCUUUCCUUUUCUAUGAUAAGU